GCGGUGUCUGUCUUGGAGAGAGCGGUGAAAGUAGAUAAGAGCCAUUGAGCCUUUUGUAUGACUCGGGGAUUAGGACCAACUAUCUGUUACGGUGUGCCAGAGUCAACACUACGUAUAGAAAGUUGCAUUUCAUAUCAAAUGAAAGCUGGGUGAUUGUGUGUGAGUGGCCUAAUCUCUGACUGUGAGCUUUGGCUACUUAGUGUGAGCUCGGACAGGGGAUUCUUCCAAGAGGAGGACCAGGAGCGGGCUCUCGACCACUUCAAUUGAGACCAACGGCAAAGAGGCAGACCGGCGUCGGGCCUUUUCCACUCUUUCCGAUUCUGAUGGAUGUACCUCUUGAAUCAACAGCAGAAUGAGACCUUCAAGGCAUUUGUUGAUAUUUUAGAUUCUUCUUUUUCUACAAGGAGCAACAGGGGAGAUUUGGAAAGUACGAAUCACCAAGAUGCUGCAACUGAGGGCAGCCUCACUUCAUCAUGGACUUCUGCACGCCCCAGCCGCCACGACGCCACAACCCGGUGGACAGCAUCUGCCGCAAACUGCAGACCAUCCAGUGGCGCGGUGACCGGGAGCCCAAUUCCCCCUUCCAGAUCCCCAAGCUCUCCUCCAGCAGCUACGACAGCCCCCAGUGCGGCCUCGGGCUCAACCUGGACGCCAUCUUGAAGAAAGGGGCCCAGGGACGAAAGGAGACCGGCGACGGAAAGCCCGACUCUGCGCCUUCCCAGAAGAGCAACGUGGGUGCCUCCGUCCCGCCGUCCGCUUCAGGCAACACCCCGACCCCAGCUAACAUCACGUAUACCAUCACUAGUACCCUCGGGGAGAGGAGAGGUGUCGAUCGAAGCGAUCGAAAACAAUUUAAGACAUGGCAGAGUUACUGCUCCACUCCCACGAGCCAGCCCAAAGACUCCCCGUACUUCACGUUCACACGAGGCAGACCCGAGUCGGCGCAGCCCGAGAGCGGAAGCGGGCCGAGCAGGAGCCCCGUGCGCUCUCGCACCUUCACCCCAAUUUGCAGCACUGUCUCUUACAACCUCAACUUCAACUUCUCUGCCAGCACGGGGAGCUCCACGGAGGGUGAGGCGCCCUACCCGGCUCUGGUUGUCAAAAGACUGUCGCUGGGAGAUCGAGGGACCACCCUGGACUCUGAGAGCAACAACAUGGCAGAAGUCAGCCUCAUCUGCGAGGAGAAUCUCCUCGACACCAUCUUCCAUGCUUGUGACACGCAGCGCCGAGGUAAGGUGUACGUGUCUCACAUCGUGGACUACUUGCGGCACACAACCAGCCGCACCCCAGAGGACAGCGGGCUGGAGGAGCUCUGCAACAUGCUGGAUCCUGAACGCAAAGAUGUCUCCAUCGACCUGGACACGUACCACGCCGUCAUGAGGGAGUGGAUUGAAGACUGCCGCAGCAAUGGGGAAGAGCCACCAGAAUAUGCAUGCCAGGACUCGGUUAAACUACGAGACAGCCUUUCCUUGAGGAGGUCCAUGUUGCUCAACGUGACCUCGGGAAGCUUGGAGGGCUUUGGAGGGGACGUGUCGAAAGCAGAAUUUGAAACAUCAGAGCUGGUGAACUGCCUUGCCGACCUCCAGAUGAGCAACCAAAAGCUCCAGGCGGAAGUGAAGAAGCUGAAACAAGCGGUGGAAGCAAUGGAAGAGAGCAACCAAAAGCUGGCAGAUGAGAACGAGGAGCUGCGCAACCAGACCAGAGCUCACCAGCAGCUGGUCCACAAAGAGAAGAUGCUGCACGAUGAAGUGGAAGAAAUGAAGGCCACUCUGAGCUGCACGGAGGAAGGCAGAGCGCGCGCCUCCGCGCGCAGCAAACACGUGGAGAAAGAAAACCAAGAUCUCAUAGCCAAGAUUGCUUCUCUUGAGGACGAGAACUUCAAGGUCACUAUGGAGAUGGACGAGCUUCAGAAGAGAAUAGCGGAGCUGUGUGACAUUAACACUGACCUUCAGGUGCAGAUUCACUCUUUCGAUACCGUCAUCACUGAAAAGGAAUCUCUUAUACAAGAGAGGAGCAGACAGAUUGACGAGCUCAAGACUGCAGUGGAAGAAUACUCCUCCAUUACGGAGUUACUAAGAGCUGACAAGAGCAAACUGGAGAACCACAUGCAAAUGAUGCAUCCAGACCUUUCUGGUGCUGGAGUGUCUCUUUCGGUAGCCUACAGGUUGAACCAGAGCACUUCAGGAUCCCUGCAAACAGAACUGGCCCUGGCUCAGUCACCACCGGAGCCUGUCCAUGGGGUUGACCAUUUACCCAACAAUGUGUGUCUUGCCUCGCCGCUGGAUGAGACUCUGGACAGAGAGGUGCUGAUCAUGAUGCAUGGACCCAGCCCAGAACUCAUGGCUCAGGAGUUCAAGAAACUCCUGAACAGAAUGAAGACUGAUUUCAGACAAGAUACCAACAUUGUCCUGUCUACAAUGAAAACUUUACUCGAUGACCACUCAAAACCAGGGUUUGACACUGACACCAGUCUUGAGGCGGUGCAGGCCGCGCUGGACGCAACAAGAGAAGACUGGGCCCUUAGCCUGGACCAGCUAGCCCAGUACACUGACUCCAUAGAGACGGAACUGAUUAAAAUGACCAGUAAUAUGAGGAGGUCCCGGACUGAGAUCUUGCACCUUUCAGUCAGGGUGCAGGAUCAAGAGAACCAGAAGCGGCAACUCGGUGAGGAACUAGAGCAGCUCAAGACUCCUCAAGACAGCAGAGAAGCCUCAUGCCAGACACCUGCCCCAGAAGAAGAGACUGGUGAUGACCUGGAAUGGGAUGAGGAAUAUGCCCUUCAAGAUUUCCUGAAAAACGAAAUGGCGGAGAGCAACUCACGAGCGCGGGGUGACGUAACGGACGGCGGACAGACGGAGGACGGAGACGAGAGGUGGACGGUGGUGAAUGGCACGGGCGAGGGAGAAGUGAGGGACACGUCCACUCCUGUGUCUGCCAAGCCGGAGGUUUCCCAGGAUGGACACUGUCUGGCAGUAACAGGCCAAGAACCUCCAGAGCCACAGGUGAACCUCCAUUGUUUGCAGGACGAGGCAGCAAUACCAUCGGACGCCCACUCACAAGCUGUCAGCCCCGAGCACCCAGCGGCGGAUGCCCUGCCUGAUCCGUCCCACUCAGACAGCCGCAGGUCAGAGACAGACGAGACGACAGUGUCUCAGUCCUUGUCUGAUCAGGAUCCAAUAACUAUGCCAACUGCAACCAACAAUGCACCACCCAAUGAGGUCGCUCCUCCGAAUGAGAGCAUCCAACUGUCCGGCGAGGACCACAAGCGGGAAGACAAAGAGGGUGACGUGAGCAGCACUGCGAGCUUGAUUCUGGACCAGUCUGGACCGAGAUCAGCGGCACGGGACACCACAAGUCUGCUUCCCGUAUUGGUUGAAGAAGAGGAGAGCGCUACUACAGAGGGCGGCAUGGCAGGGACGGAGCAGCCCAGCAGCAUCAGUGCAACCACCAUGACUGACUGUCAGCAGUCAAGCGUGUCCUUGGCACAGAACGGCCAAUCAGAGAGUCGCGUGACAUCAGAUCCAAAACAAUUGCAAAACAAAAAGGACUCCAAUGGGAUGAAUAAGAAAGAACUGGAGUCACAAGGCACGGAAACCACAGAAGCUCCAAAGAUGGAGGAGGCCCAACCUGAGGCUUGUGGAACCACUGAGAAAAAAUCUGAGUCGUCUACCAUCUCUGACCACAAAGACACGUGCAGAGAGGAUAAGAACAGCAGCCUGUCGCCCAAUGACAAGGAGAUUGAGACCGAGUUCCAGCGUCUAGCUCUGGGCUUUAAGUGCGACAUGUUUACCUUAGAGAAGAGGCUCCGGCUGGAGGAGCGGUCGCGUGACCUCGCCGAGGAGAACGUCCGCAGGGAGGUGUCCAGCUGCCAGGGCUUGCUGCAGGCUCUGACUCCUCUAUGUGAGGAUGAUAACCAGUCAAUGGAGAUCAUCCACAGGCUCCAGAAGAAUCUGGAUAUCCUCAUCCAGUCCAUGACCCGAGUGUCCAGUCGCUCUGAGAUGCUAGGAGCCAUCCAUCAGGAGAGUCGCAUUGGUAAGGCGGUGGAGGUUAUGAUUCAGCAUGUCGAGAACCUGAGGAGGGUGUACACCAAGGAGCACGCCGAGCUGCUGGAGCUCCGGGAGACGCUCAUGCAGAACGAGAGGUCGUUUGGCUCGCACUCCGACAGAGAUGAAUUCCGUGGCAAGAAGCCAUCCACGACACAAUACUACAAGUCAUCAGCCCGGCGGGUUAGCAUAGCAGCAAUACCUCGCUCUGGUGGAGGCAACAUGCACUAUGACAUGACCAAACAACAGAGCGGUGCAGAAAGUGAAGCAGAAAGACUCACCAGGAGAUCUCCAUGGAAUGUGGCGGGGAAGAACAUGGCACGCCCCCCACUUAAACGCUUUGUUAGCUCUGCCGCCUGGGUUGACACUGAAGAGCCCUCUGUCAUGAUGAAGGGGACGGCGCGCAAUAACUCCGACCCCCAGCUGUCCGACGAGCCGGACGAGCCCGUGCCGGAGAGGAGGAGGUCCAGUCUCAGUGAGCUGGGCAGCAAACUCACCUCCCUCAUUCUGCCUCUCAAGACCCCUCCUUCCGCAUCCUUCAGAAGUCAGGAUGAGCUCUUUGUAAUGCUUCCAAGCAUCUCAUCCAGCCCGGCAUCUUCCGAACAAGGACUGUCCCAGUCUUUGUCCCAUAGCUUGACAUCCACCCGGUCAACGGCGGCCGCGGUGGCCCGAGGCAGCAGGGCACUCUGGCUUUGGUUGGCCAUGGUGCUGCUCCUUGCAGGUCUCCUGGCCCUGUUGGCCAGCCUUGUGAUGCAGCCAGCAGUAGACGCGGCCCCCGUAGGCACCGGAGACUCCUGGAUGACCAUCCAGCAGCUGCUCUGGCCUUACACGGGCCUGCGGCACAAUGGACAGCCCCCAGUUUAGCUCCCAAUUUUGGACCUGGGGUAGAUGGUGCUACAGCUGUCAGCCUUCUCCAGAUUUGCCCGUGCACUUUGGAAGGUUGGUGAGGAAUGUGUGCCACACUGAGGAAAAAAACUGUCGGACGGUGCUUCAAAAUUCCUCAGCCAGGCCUGGAGGGGUGGUUAACCCUGAUUGAAAAUUUUACCCAUCACGUUUGCCGAGCUAGUCUGAGUCGCCGCGUAAAUGCAUGUUCAGAAGAGGGUGUGGCACUGACUCCAUUUCGUGGCUACUCAACAUCCUUCACAUGUGGUCGCUUUCAAUCAGUAUUUGCCUGCUACCUGGAUCCUUAAACAUAGAGCUUCCAUGUUGCUAGUGCACAUCCUCGAAACCUUAGCACAAUGCAUUUUUCACGGACAGCUUUUUAAACUCACUUAAUGCACUUGAAGGUAACUGUUCUAUUUAUGUCCUUGCCAGAUGUUUUAUAACUUUUUAAAGAUGAUCAACACUGGUCAUAAAACAUUUAAGUGUUUUUAAAACUAUAUUUAUGAUUACUUUUUGAGUGAGUGAUCUGUGAAUUAACUGUGACAAUCUUGACACCAGUUACCCCCCCCCCCCCUUUUCUUUUCUUUUUUUUUGCUGUGGUUGUCACCGUAUUAAACUUUUUGUAUGUUC